CAACAAAGGCAUAGAGAGAUUGGUUUUCUUUCUCUCAGCAUCUCCACCCAACCAGCAGAAAACCGGUCUCUGAGGUUUUACCAAAAUAUGGAACUUGAUUUUGGACAUUUUGACGAAAGAGAUAAGACAUCCAGAAACAUGCGAGGCUCACGGAUGAAUGGGCUACCUAGCCCCACUCACAGCGCCCAUUGUAGCUUCUACCGAACCAGAACCUUGCAGGCACUGAGCAACGAGAAGAAAGCCAAGAAGGUACGUUUCUACCGCAAUGGGGACCGCUACUUCAAGGGGAUUGUGUACGCUGUGUCCUCUGACCGUUUUCGCAGCUUCGAUGCCUUGCUGGCUGACCUGACUCGAUCUCUGUCUGACAACAUCAACCUGCCUCAGGGAGUGCGUUACAUUUACACCAUUGACGGAUCCAGGAAAAUUGGAAGCAUGGACGAACUGGAGGAAGGGGAAAGCUAUGUUUGUUCCUCAGACAACUUCUUUAAAAAGGUGGAGUACACCAAGAAUGUCAAUCCCAACUGGUCUGUCAAUGUGAAGACAUCUGCCAAUAUGAAAGCCCCCCAGUCGUUGGCUAGCAGCAACAGUGCCCAGGCCAGGGAGAACAAGGACUUUGUGCGCCCCAAGCUGGUAACCAUUAUCCGCAGUGGGGUGAAGCCUCGGAAGGCUGUGCGUGUGCUUCUGAACAAGAAGACUGCCCACUCUUUUGAGCAAGUCCUUACUGAUAUCACUGAAGCCAUCAAACUAGAGACUGGGGUUGUCAAAAAACUCUAUACUCUGGAUGGAAAACAGGUAACUUGUCUCCAUGAUUUCUUUGGUGAUGACGAUGUAUUUAUUGCCUGUGGUCCUGAAAAAUUCCGCUAUGCUCAGGAUGACUUUUCUCUGGAUGAAAAUGAAUGCCGAGUCAUGAAAGGAAACCCUUCAGCCACUGCUGGCCCCAAGGCAUCCCCAACACCUCAGAAGAGUUCAGCCAAGAGCCCUGGGCCCAUGCGCCGGAGCAAGUCUCCAGCUGACUCAGGUAACGACCAAGACGCAAAUGGAACUUCCAGCAGCCAGCUCUCUACCCCCAAGUCUAAGCAGUCUCCCAUCUCUACGCCCACCAGUCCUGGCAGCCUCCGGAAGCACAAGGACCUGUACCUGCCUCUGUCUUUGGAUGACUCAGACUCACUUGGUGAUUCCAUGUGAAGAAGAAGAGAGUGUUCAGAGUCCAGAGUACAAAUCCAAGCUUACUGUUACAAUAGGGCACUUUUGCUCAAGUGUUCAACAGGGCUAUCAGUGCUUUCAAGUUUUUAUUUCUUUGUUGUUGUUAUUAUUUAAAAAAAACACACUGUAAUAUGUUGGGUUUAUUUUCCUGUGAUUUCUCCUCUGGGCCACUGAUCGAUCCACAGUUACCAUUAUAAGAGAUAGAUUGAUAACCAUCCUUUGGGGUAACUUUCCAAGGAUGCAAAAUGUGAUAGCCCAUGACCUUUCUAUUGAAUACUUAGGCAUUUGCAUUAUUUUCUGUCUCACUUUGCUCAUAUACAAGAGCCUUCCUUUUGUAGAGGGUUGUUUACAUACCUAACACUUAAAAUGUGUGUGGGAAAAAAUCGUUGGCAAAUCCGAGAGUGACAAAAACAAGUACCCCUUGACUCCCAAUCUCGAGAAUCCUGGAAGAUCCUGGGAGGAUGACAAGGCAACUCCCUGAUCUUGCGCUUCACUCCUGAUGGAACCCCCUGUUUGUUGUCUAGCAUCAAUUCUGGCUGUCCCUGGGGAAAAACACCAGCAACUUAUAAUUCUGACACUAGACACUUAGGGACCUGCUACAGGGCUGGAUACAAGAGACUAGGCAGAAUUGGGAAACACUGUAGGCAUCUCAGUAGAGUUUAUAAAGCACAGUGAAUUCCUUGUCAACUCUUCCACUGGGGCAAUUUAGAACCAAUAAGCAAUUAAUAGAGUUGGGGGUGAGGGGCUCUAUAUAGCUGAUUCCUCUAGGAGGCUGUCUAACAUAGCAAAUUAUUACACAAAGUGUAUGGUAUCCAUCUAUCUCUGUUCUAUUGAAUGCCUUGUAAACAGCCAACACUGAAAACACUGUGAGAAUUUGUUUUCAGGUCUGUUACCUUUCGGUCGCUUUUUAUAGCAAGAAACCAAUAUCCUUUUUAUAAAACCUUGUGUCUGUAUUUCAGGAGCAAACUCUUCAGGCUCCUUUUUUAUAAACUGGUGAUUUUUCUUUUGUUUAAAAAAACACAUGCAGAAAAUUUAUCAAAAAAAAUGCAGAAUAACAUAGUUUAGAAAUCAUGCUGUCACUGCCAAACAGAAACCUCCAGGAGAAAACAAAAUAAAUAGCAGAGGGCAAUUCAAUAGAAUCAGUCUUUUGAUAACUUUUUAACAGUUAUGCUUACAUUAAUAAUUUCAACGUGGACCAGACAUUCUAAUUAUAUUUUAAAUGAAAUGUUAUGGCAUAUUUUAAGCAACUCUUUUUAUCUAUAAUCCUGAUAUUUCAUACUGAAGCCAAAGAAACCUUUCUUUUGUCUUUAACACUAGAAUGGGUUUCUCUUUGCUAAGGACUGAUCAUUUGAAGUAAUUAUCAGUCUUUGAGGUACAGGUUCAUAACACUACUUUUUGUCUGUAAUCAUAGCCCAUAAUGGCAAAGACAACUAAAUUUAAGUGAAAGCCAUGCAUGCCAAUUCUGUGUUUGCUUUUAACAGAUAUGAAAUUUUCCUUAUUUCUUUGUAAUUGUGCAGAUAGUUGGAAAGGUGCAGCAUUUGAAGCCAAGUUGCUUCUUGGCUAUUGAAUGACUUGCAGCGUUCCUCUACUUUAAUAGGAAUGAGCUUUCUGUGUGUGUGUGUGUGUGUGUGUGUGUGUGUGUGUGUGUCUGUGCGUGUGUGCACGCGCAGAGACACACACAACCACUUUAUAAUUAGGAGAUACUACAGGAUACUCCAACAUGGAUCAGUGGCAACUUGGUGGCAUUGCUGAUGAGCACUGUGUGGGAGGGAAUUCAGUGGUGGAAAAGGGUAGUUCAGAUGCCCUUAGACAAGCUUCAGAUGACCUCAGCUACAAGAGGCAUUUUUGGUUUAAGAAAAGUCCAGAUGGUGGUAGUACUAAUUCCUGGUUAAACUGGUCAUUGAAGAACCCCCAAAUAUGAUAAUCUCUUUUUGCCCCUCCCCUCUAUUUGUAGGUUUCUUAGAAACCAUUAAGAAGCCAAUUUUACUAACUCCUUUACUUCUUCCAAAAAGCUCAAGGUUUUCUUAGUGCCUCCCAGAACAAUUUGUAGUUAACUGGGAAAAAUUGGUGCUUGAGAUGGGUGGUGGUGUAGAGAGUGGUAGGAGGUCUAUUUCUAAACUUCAGGUCAGACCCCCAAAGAUGUCACCCUUUCUCUAGAUGUUUCUCUAGAUCUCAUUUAGUCCAAUUCCUUCAAUCAAAGAUGAAAUGGAGGCCAAGGCAGCUAAAUGACCUGCUGGAAGGAGCGAGCCAAGAGGAGGAAUUGAGAUUUCCUCAUGUCCAGGCCCUGUGCUACUUCUUUGAGUGUUUUCUUGCUUGUGGCAUAUGCACUGUUAGGAAAUACUAAAUGGUUAUGUUUUCUUUAGAAUAAUUUUUGAACCAACAAUCUCCUAUAAUAAUAGUAGAUUUUCUAUCUUUCUUGUAAUAAAUUAUACGAAAAUAUUUCUGUACUGCCACAUCAGGAAGACUUGGUAUAGUUCAAAAUUCAAGCUUUUAGUAAUUGCAUUUUAAAUUGGCCCAUUUUCAAGGCAAAAAAGAAACAUUUUAUAACUGAACGCCUUUACCCAUCAUUCAUUCCCAAUUUUACCCAAUCCAGUUUUACCACUAAAUUCCCAUUGUGUUACCUUCUGCAUAGUUAGAAAAUAUCGUCAUUCAGCAAACACUUGCCUCUACUCCCCCCAUUAUUUCUCCCUUUUUCACACACACAUACAAACACACACUCAAUUGAUCUGUUGCUUAUUCCUACCUCCUGAUUUUUCUUCCUUACAGAAAUAGAAAUAGGGACCAAGAAGGGGAAAAUGUAUAUAUGGGGUCUGGGCUGAACAACUUCAUAAGUAGUUUUAACUAGGGGUAAAUAGAGAGAAAACUUCCUUUUCAGUUUGGAAAGGAUAACCAUUAGCAUGACUCCUUUUUGUUCUUACAGACUUCACUAUUAACCUAGAUUGAAUCAUAGAGUUUUCUAGCUGGAAGGAAUUUUAAGAUCACAUCAUCUACUCCAAAUUUUCCUCAUUUUCAGGCCAGGAAUGGAAAGGCAGAGGUAAAGUAAUUUCCCCAAGGUCACACAGCUGGCUAGAGGCAAGUUUGGGAUUAGAACCCACAUCUCUUGGCUCUUAUUCCAGGGUCUUUUCCCACUGAACUGUAUUGCCUUCUACUAGGCUCCUGAGAAUUCCUUCCCAGGGUCAUAUUGCAUCUUGGAGUCAUAUUCUGCUGCCCUGAUCUCAGCGGGAAAUUCACCCAGCAACCUAAUACAGCUUUUUAUCCCUGUAUUCUCAUGCUUCCCAUCCACAUGGACUGCAGAUGUCUGCAAAGAGAAGGAAGCACUGAAGACCAACAGGAGCAAUGAGGUCCCUGACCUUAUGCAUCCAACACAGGGGAUCACUGCCCUACCUUGAGAAGCCCUCAGAACAGCUCCCUGAGCUCCUGCCCUGCCCAAAUAGGAUAUAGGAAGGCUGAUUUUCCUAGACAGCUCACCUCAUCUCAUCUCAUACUGGUUGGUCUUCAUAGAUUGAGGGAAAUGUUUUUAGAGCAUGGAAAGGAAGAAAAGAAAAGGGAACAAUAGCUUUGCUCAUCCUGACUUUCUGAGAUAGCCUUCAUUUUUUUUUCAUUUUUUAAAUGAGUGUGGCUAACAUUUGCUGGCAAUGAUUUCUUUUAAAUAUGGAGGUGAGGCUACUUAAAGAAAAUAACCUGGUCUUUCUGUGGUUAUCCUCAUCAACAAUGUUCCCAUAUCCUUCCUGCCAUAAUAGGGACAAUUUCCAAGUAUAACCAAGGGGCUGUGUGACUAAAAUGUACCCUAGCCUAUGUUAAAAAUUGGCACUUUGUAUUUGCACUAAAAUAGUAAGUAUGUGCUCUACACACCAUACUCAUCAUGAUCCUUUGGCCUUCCAUGGCAGUAAUGAGGUCAACAAGUUCUGAACACAUACUUUUCCUCACAGCAAGCCUCUUCCUGGGAACUAAAGGGUAUUUAUUAGUUCAGUUCCAAGAGACCUCCUUCCAGGCUGACCCCACUACUCAGGAAAUUCUCUCUCAUUCUUGCUUCUCCUCCCUAAUCCAAAAUAACCAAGGAGACUUAAAGUGGAUGUGUAAGCUAUCUGAAGAAGGCAAGAAAAAGGGGUCUGAGUCCUAGGUCCUUCUUUGAAUUAACCAGCCCAAGUCUUAGAGCAACAAUCCAGUGCUUGCCUUGGAAAAUAUUGUGUCUACUUCCUUAGUCCUUUCAAUAUUCUGGAUGGACAUGCUCCCAAUCUCCCUCAGAUUUGGUUCUCAAUUAAAAAAACAAACAAACAUGUCUUCCUUGGACAAUGGAACAAGCCUUCCCAUGUCCCCAAAAUGAGCUCUAAGCACACUGAUGAGAAUGUUUUCAAAAACCAGCCCACCUCCGAAAUAUCUAUGCUGAGACUUACCCAGACAGAUGCACUGGGACAGUAGGGUUUGAAUGACCUCAUCCACUGUCCAGUUUGCUAUGGAAAUAAAAACAAAAAACAAGGAAAUUAGAACCUGUCCUUGGCCACAUGGGGUCACUUGGACUUCCAAGGCCAGGCCUCACUCAUGCAUUGCCUUCAUUGCAUUAAGAGAUUUAGCUCUUAGAUCUAGGCUGAUUUCCUAAGUAAACGAUCAGUGUUUUGAAGCUUAUCUGGAAUGGGGGAGGGGUUAGAGUCCUAUGUUUAGGGACCUGGGAUCUAGAGAGAAUAAAGGCCCAGCCAUUGAUAGGCCAGAAGUGAUCUGAGACCUCUUGUGUACAAUGAAGCCUUGCAAUUGCUGGUCUUCCUGGGUUUUUCUCCUGGUAUGGAACUUCAAAGGUGUCACACUUCUGCCUCUGUACCGAGACGGGGACGCCAUAUAUAACCUUGUCUACUGUUCUGAUUCCAUGGAUGAUUUCUUCUUCCUUACAAGUGUUACCACCUGGAGCAAGGAUACUGCAUUGAUCCCUCAUGUCUACCUUUUGGCUGGAGGGGCAUCUCCAACAGGUUCUCUAGCUAUUGUUCAUCCAGACCCAGUCUAGUGCUGUUAACACUCAGUGAAUUGUCCUUAAUCAUAGCUAAAAGCUGUGGUUCUAGACCAUGACAACACCGGUCAUUUCUUUAAAAAUUAAUUCCCAAUUUUAUUGUUCCUCUGGCUUACAGAUCUCACUUCUCUAGUAGGUAAAAGGCUGGAGGUUCUUGUCACACAGUAGCUAAGUCAUGUGUGUGGGAAGGAAAUGCAUUUCUAAACUGACAGAGCACUGAAUGCAAUGGGCAAUCUACUAUGGUCUGGGACUGUCAACAGCUUCUCCUAGCCCCUUCCACUUUUUCUUUUCAGAGACUAAAAGGCUCUCUAUCAGCCUUUAUUUUAGUAAACCUGGUUAAAGAAUUUUGUCCCUCUUAUCUCUUCAGGAAAAAAAUGACUUCUUCCUCUGUCUCCCCAACCCGGGUCCUCAAAGAUCUACUGUGAUUUUUAUACCCAGCCUCUCAAUGCUGGUGUUGCUUCCUGCUUAUUUCCCAUUAAGGAUCCAUGCAGACCUCCCACUUUGGCCUAGGUAGUGUGACACUGAUUAUCAUAUGACAAGACUCUUGAAGCCCCCUUCCAACUACCUAAUUUGUAUCUCUUAGUUUAUAGGCUUCAACCUCUUCUGGAAUCAGAGGCAAUCUUGCCUUACCUUGGGUGCCAGGGGUAGGAAAAUAUAGAAUUCCCUUUGGAAAUUAAGGCAUCUUUCUGCUCCUGAUUAGAAAGACAGGCUAGUAGGCAAGGUCAGAUGGCACAGCCUAAGUCAGAGAAAAUACCUUGUCAAUUAAGGCAAAAACAGGCAUUGGGACUUCUCAUUUCUGGGUUAAUAACCUGAGGAAAUCAAUGGGUUUUUGCCACUCUCUACCUCCACCGCAUGUCUCUUUGCUUUCUCUCUCUAGUUCAGUGUUUUAUUUUAGUUUUAUUCUCUAUGUUACCACUCUCUGUUUCCACAAUACACACAUCCAUCCUUUGUCUUUUGAAUUUUGUUUUUUCCUUACUCCUCAUCUAGCCAUUGGGUAUAUGUCUUUCUUAACCCUGUGAUUUCACCUUGGUGAUGAGAAUUAUUUCCCUACUCAGCCAGCUCUGAUCCUGCCCAAAUCUAGUCAGAAGAAUGUUGGUGAGAAUAAUCCAAACCUGGCCCUUUCUUCUUCUCCACUUUUAGUUGUAAUUCCCUAAAGCAGAUCCACACAAGCUGUUUCCUUAUAGCUCAUGUAUCUUUGGGUCUUUGCCUUCCAAGCACUGUACAGAAUACUUUGUGAUUAUUUUUUUGGUCUUCUAUUUUGUGGAGCAGUUAAGUGUGCUCAGAGAAAUAAUCAGCUGAACAGAAAAAUCCACCCAUGGAUUCAUAUCAACUAAACACUCUUAAUUAAUUUUGCCUAAUUUGCUUACAGUUUGAAAAGCUGCAAUAUAAUAUAAUGAGAGACCACAGGUAAUUUCUCCUGUCAUUUGGUUUGGUUGGGUGGUGGUGUUGGGUAAGAGAACAAUUUGUUUAUAAAGUUUUACCAAUAUACAUUAAGUUCUGUAUAGCAAUCUAUGUUUUGGGCUGGCCAAGUUCUGAAUUUUUUUUAGCUAAACUUAUAGGCAAUUGGAGUUUAUUUAAAUGAAAAGUGUAUUUAACAAAUCCAUACCAUAAAAAGAAACAUUCGCUUAAUUGAAAUGUAUUUUUCCUUUUGUUACUAAAUUAACCUAAAUAUUUACAGUUGAUACCGACUGCUCAUGAUCCUAUUAAGGUAGUCCAUAUAAAACUAACUAAUAGACUUAAAGAAGCCAGCCUGUAGGUGCUAAUUUAUUUAACAGGAUGCACAGCCCUUGGGAAUGUCACUGUUUGGCAAUACGAUAUGGAAUGCCCUUUCCAAUGCCAUUUCUUUACAAGUUCUCUUAAUGGGAUUUGAGCAAGUAAGAGGUUAUAUCAAAAUGUCUUCAAUGUAUGGUUCUGUAAUAUAUUGCAGCUUGAAGCCAAUGAUGCUUUAUGACUUGUAUACAACUAACACAUGUUUUGAUUGAAUUUUGCAUUUCUCAUGAGUGGUAAGUUCUUUAAAACAUAUUUUGGUCACCUUUUUCUGCCAUUAAACUUGUACAGAAAACGGUUUUAUGGCCAUUUUCAAAGGGAUAAAGUUUAAAUUGGAAACAGCCCACCCUUUCUGUCCUAUAGCUGUAGUUAGAACUCAGUAACUGUAGCAAAACAGCUGUAAUUGGUGGUUGUAGUGUUAGAGGCGUUAGCUUGCUAGUGACUAGCUUUGGAGAGUAAAUGCAUGGUAUUGUACAUCACAUUUCUUAAAUAACUCAUUUUAAUCUCUGAAAAGAAUAUAUUCUUCCUUGUGUUCCCUCCUCCCUCCCUUGUCCUCUCCCUCUCCCUGCUCCCAGGUGUCUUUACAGUUGUAAAUAACUGAUUUGAAGGCCAAUAACUUUUGCCAAGUAAAGUCAGAAAAGAACAAACAAAUAAAAAAAGGGGGGCAAAACAUUUCUCAGCAGUUAUUGACCAUGUCUCAAGGAAUGGCGUUGUGAUCAAAGACUAAACUCUCCUUUGCAUAAAACUUAGUGGCAAAUUGGGAGUGCAAUUGGCCAUUUGAUUACAUUGCAGAAUUGAAUAGUUCUCAGAAUCACAUAUAAACAAGGUGACAGCAGAAAAUGAUGUUCCUUAUCCUUGCAGGAGUUUUGAAGUCUCUGCUUGACCAAUGACAAAUAAUUAUUUUUUAAAAAGAAAAGAAAAACAGAGAAAGACAACAGAUAUUUAGGAAUUUUUAGCUGCCCCUUUAGAAUACUUACAGCCAGAAAAGUCAAGGACAUGGGUUUACAUUCAUUGCUGUUGGUUUCCUAGACAUGCCUGGCCCUCCCUUAAACUGUGAUUCAAAAGCGAUGUUCCCAGAACGCAUUCUAAUUUUUGGUGUGCUGUUCCCACUUGGAUUGGUAGGUUUGGUGAGGCCCAUGUAAAGCAGCUGGAGCAGACACUUUUCAUCUUCUGUGCCUGUUAAUCUCCCUCUCCCUCCCUUCACAAUUUGAUGAGGGCUUUCUUUGGUCAGAGUACUUCAAAGUCUAGAGAAGAUCCCCAUGUGUGUAGCGUGUUGUGAACUAUGAAUGUUGUGGAUUCACAGCAUUCGAUACCGGGCAGCCAAAGAGCUGCUCUUGCAAUCAUUUUGGCUCUCAAGCUCUGUUCUUCAUCUCAUUCUCAUUUCUGUGUACAUUUGCAAGAUGUGUGUAAUGUCAUUUUCCAAAAAUAAAAUUUGAUUUCAAUA